AUGAGUAAGAAGGAUGAGUUAAUAAUGAAUCCAGUUUCUAAUUUAAUUAGUGGUCAUGCUCAUGGAACCUCAGAGAAAGAGCAGGUUAGAGGGGAGAUGGUGAGAGUUAAAGUAAAAACAGAAUCUCAAGACCCGACAUCUUCAUGGAGAUCACUUAUUCCAGUCAUAAAGGUCAAUGUGAGCACAGGACGUUUGGCCUUUGGAAAUCAUUACCAACCUCAAACUCUAUGUAUCAACUUUGAUGAUGCUUUCUUAACUUAUACUACAAAACCACCUUCUAGUCAUCUUGACCAAUUCAUGCAUAUUGUGAAAGGGAAGCUUGAAAAUGUUCGAGUAAUGCUUGUUCCUAGUCCAAGAUAUGUUGGUCUUCAAAAUGAUGAACCACCAAGAUUAAUGGGAGAAGGGUUUGUGGUGAUGCAGUCAAAUGAUGUUGACAUCUACUACUACAUGGAUGAACCAGGACUUGUUCCAGAAGAAACAGAAGAAAAUAUUGAAGGAGAAAUGAGCAGUGAGGAUUGCAAAUUACAAGAUUUGCCUCCAUGUUGGGGACUGGAUAUAGUUUGUGGUAAAGGAACAGAUUUCAACUAUGGGCCAUGGGCCGAUAGGCAAAGAGAUUGUUUAUGGAAGUUUUUCUUCCCACCUGAUUAUCAAGUUCUGAAAGUUUCUGAAAUUGCACAGCCUGGGAGACCACGACAGAUCCUUGCUUUUGAACUGCGAAUGAAUAUUAUUGCAGAUGCUACAAUUGAUUUGCUGUUUACCAAAAACAGGGAAACAAAUGCUGUACAUGUAAAUGUAGGAGCUGGCUCAUAUUUAGAAAUUAAUAUUCCAAUGACAGUUGAGGAAAAUGGUUAUACUCCUGCAAUUAAAGGACAGCUCUUACAUGUUGAUGCCACCACCAGCAUGCAAUACCGGACCCUUUUAGAAGCAGAAAUGUUAGCAUUCCACAUCAUUGCCAGUUAUCCCCGAAUAUGGAACAUGCCACAGACUUGGCAGUGUGAAUUAGAGGUUUAUAAAGCCACCUAUCACUUCAUCUUUGCACAGAAGAACUUCUUUACUGAUUUAAUUCAAGACUGGUCUAGUGAUAGUGCUCCAGACAUUUUUUCAUUUGUGCCAUAUACAUGGAAUUUUAAAAUCAUGUUUCAUCAAUUUGAAAUGAUUUGGGCUGCUAAUCAACACAAUUGGAUUGACUGUUCCACUAAACAACAGGAAAAUGUAUAUCUGGCAGCCUGUGGGGAAACAUUAAACAUUGAUUUCUCUUUGCCUUUUACGGACUUUGUUCCAGCUACGUGUAACACCAAGUUCGCUUUAAGAGUACGUAUAAUUGGGUGCCUGGGUGGCUCAGUCGUAUCAGAAAUGGAAGAAACAAUGCUCUCUGUAUUAAGGCCAUCCCAGAAAACAUCAGACAGAGUUGUUUCUACUCCUUCUACUUCUUCACGCCCACCUAUUGAUCCCUCUGAACUUCCACCUGAUAAACUUCAUGUAGAAAUGGAACUUUCCCCAGAUUCUCAAAUAACUCUCUAUGGACCACUAUUAAAUGCCUUCUUAUGUAUAAAGGAAAACUACUUUGGGGAAGAUGACAUGUAUAUGGAUUUUGAAGAGGUUAUUUCAAGUCCUGUUCUGUCACUGUCAACAUCAUCCAGCUCUGGGUGGACUGCUGUUGGAAUGGAAAAUGACAAAAAGGAAAAUGAAAGUUCAGCCAAGUCAAUUCAUCCGCUUACCUUACGUCCUUGGGAUAUUACUGUACUUGUUAAUUUGUACAAAGUUCAUGGGCGCCUUCCUGUUCAUGGAACCACUGAUGGCCCUGAGUGCCCUACAGCAUUCUUGGAAAGACUGUGUUUUGAAAUGAAAAAAGGAUUUCGGGAGACCAUGCUGCAACUUGUCCUGUCACCCCUAAAUGUGUUUGUCAGUGAUAACUAUCAGCAGCGACCUCCUGUGGAUGAAGUGCUCAGGGAGGGUCACAUCAAUUUGUCAGGUCUCCAGCUGAGAGCACAUGCUAUGUUCUCAGCAGAAGGUCUUCCUUUGGGAAGUGAUUCCUUAGAAUAUGCAUGGCUAAUUGAUGUGCAGGCUGGAAGUCUUACAGCUAAGGUCACAGCACCACAGAUAUCAUAA